AUGUCUUUCAUUAAGGAUAUAUUCAACACCAAAAAAGAGGACACUGUUGCCAAUCAACCAACCAUAGCCACAUCCACUACCAUGGCUACUACUGCUACUACUGCACCAACCACUACUACACCAACUACACCAACUACCAACAACACUGUACCAACAAAGAAUGAAAACACUCAGAUAGACGCCACCACAUCACCCGACGAGGACGUGAACCUGGACAACGAGGAUUUCGACAAGGAGGACGAGCAAGAGCAGGGUGACACGUCCAGCGUGUUGAGCAAGAUGAAGGGAUUGAUCGGCAAGGAUACCAUGUCGUUAGUGUCGCUUCCAGUAUACUUUUUCGAGCCACUGACGGUGUUGCAAUCCCAAUGCGAGCCCCUCAGAUUCAUCAACCUCAUCGAGAAGGCCUGUGAACUCGAGAACUCAUUGGACCGCAUGGUCCACGUCGCUGCCUUCAAUAUUGCACUCUUUAGCUCAUACGUUAGAACUGCCAAACCAUUCAAUCCUGUGCUUGGUGAGACGUAUGAGUACGUACCAAAGGAUGGCAAAUAUAGAACGGUGUGCGAGCAAGUCAGCCAUCAUCCACCUAUUGGCAUUGCUGAGACCUCCAGUGACAGAUUCACUCUCCAACAAGAGUCACACAUCACCACAAAGUUCUGGGGCAACUCAGUAGACAUAUUCAGCUUGGGUAACAACCAUCUUCAUCUUCAUCAAUACAAUGAUCAUUUCUCAUGGAAAGUACCAUCAUCAUGCUGCCACAACAUUAUAUUCGGAAAGAUAUGGGUAGAACAUCAUGGUCAGAUGACUAUUGUUAAUAAUACAACUGGAGAGAAGGCAGUGUUGAAUUUCCAGAAGGCUGGUUGGUUUGAUAGUGUCACCAAGAAGGUGUCUGGUGAGGUACUGGACCAGAAUGGCAAGAAGCGCUACAUCAUCACAGGCAUAUGGAGCGAGUUCAUCGACGUGGCCAAGUUGGCAGACGACGGCGUGACCAAGGUCGAGGAGUACCCCAUCUGGCGCGCCGAGGCCGACCCCAUGGAGAAGGACAACAAGUGGAAGAUGGGCGCGUUUGUCCAGUCGCUCAACGACCUGACGCCCGAGUACGAGAAGAUCCUGCCCGUGACCGACUCGCGAAUCCGUGGCGAUCGACGCGCCCUCCAGCACCUCGACAACAAGAAGUCCAGCAAGGAAAAGCGCGCCAUCGAGGAGCGCGAGCGCGAGAAGAGACGCGAGCGCGUCCGUCUGGGCAAGGUGUGGACGCCGUCCUACUUCAAGAAGGUGGACGACGCCAAGUUUGGCUAUUUGUGGAAGUUCAACGGCGAGUACUGGUUGGAGCGCGACAACCGCAUCAAGCAGCAGGAGCCGGCGACCAAGCAGACGGCCUUGUCCAAUGGGCUUCACACCGACUUUAGUUCGAUGAGCCUGAGCGACGAGGUGUCCUCCAACUCGUCCGUCACCAACGCCUCCACCAACCACUCUCGUGAGGGUUCCUUCACCGACAAGGAUUCCGUUGCCAACCUGGUCACACUCGCUGCCAACGACUCUGCUCCCGUCGCCACCACAGAUGUUGUCGAGGUUGUCCCAGCCAACUAG